ACAAACAUGGCUUCCUACCAGAUCUGUGUGAAUGCACAAGAGUCGCAAUUUGAAUUCCAAUUGCUUUGUUAAAAAGACUGGAAUUUUAAAAUAGCUUAUCAUAAUUAUAUCAUUAGUAUGAGCAGUGGGAGUAGUAGUCUAAAAGAAAGACUCUGCUGACUUGCAAUGUUCUCACCUCUGAAGCUGUGCAAGCAGUAGAGAAAGCCAACUCUUUUAGCACAAUGAUGGAAACAUUUCUGGAAGAUGCAGAGAACUCUCUCCAUCACAGAUCUAAUGCCCAAAAUGGGUCCUGCUCAUCUGAUGACUCUGAAGAUCCAAUGGAUGAUCCAUUUCUUUAUGACCAGUUCCUCCCUGACCCAGACUGGGCCAAAGCUGACAGAGAGGAUGUUAAGUCUAAGAACUUGGUGGACCCUGGUGGAUUUCGCUACAACAAGCGUGUAUUUGUCACAAGCUUGCCAGCAUUAUUGCUGGUUCUUGCACUCGGGGGAGAAACUCUUGUUCUCAUAGCUGCCAUUGGAACUGCUUUACUUGCUAUAAUGUCACAGCUUGGAGAUAGCAGACGAUGUGUCAUCACUUUUGUGAUCAUCUUUAUACCUAGUCAUACUUAUAUACUUGCUUCAGUUAUCCCCCUUUUGUGGUUGUCAGGGUGGCAUUUUGUUUUAAUUGCUCUGGUGAAUCUUUGUGUGAUCCUUACUGCUGGAUGGGUUUUACUGCAGUUCAAAGCUUUCAGAAUGGAGGAGCCAUCAUUAGCAACUAUAAUUGAGCAGUUCUUGUUCACGGUUUAUCCCUUAGUUUGCACAGGGCUGGUAUGCUGGACACUGGGCACUGUGAUUUCUUUAUCUGUUAUACCAACUGUAUUUUCUUGUAUUUGGUUUGUCCUUCUCCAGCUGUACCUGGUUCCCACCCUGUCAUCUUUCAAAUCCCAGAGUUCCCCAGAUGAAAGCCUGGAUGUUGUACAGAGUUGGCUGGUGGCUGCCACUGUGGCUACAUUUGUUUUACUUGGUCCCCUGCUGCAUGUACUGCUCUCUCUGCUGCCUUCAGAUGCCCCAAGUAUUUCUUCCUUAUUUUUUGUUCACCUUUUGUUUAUAUUAUCACUGACCCUGUUCUUGUCAACUUUGCUUAGCAUUAGACAAAUAUUUGAAGUUCUAGGCCUUCCGUAUAUGACAGCUAUCUAUGUAAGGUGGGGAAGUGGCUUCCUGUGUACAGCCUUGUCCUACCCUGUGCUCCAUGCCUAUGGAUUGGACUCACAUUUUUUACCCCUCUUGCCUGUGGCCAUUGCAAUCUUUGCAGCUCUUGGUGUGGUCCUGGCUUUCAAGAAGAGAAGGGUUGUCAUGGCAGUGCUGGCUGUAGUGCUGGUUACUAGUUUGAUAGCUCUCUUUAUUUUGUGGAUUCAAAGAAUGCCUCACAAUUUGCAACAAUAUUUCAUGGGCAUAUUCCCUCUCAAUUCCUUCUACUUUAUGAUAUGUGUCAAUUUUUUGCUCUGCCUUCUGUGCUUGUGGAUGGCAUCAAUCAAUGCUAAAGAAAUGUUGGGAGCCUUGUUAAUUUUACAAGCUGCUGUCCUGACCGUGUGUGAAGUUUCCUUACACAACUCCAACUUCUACUCAACCACCAAGCUCCAGAUGACAGCCAUCACUGCCUGCUACACCGUACAUCGCCUGCAAGUCUCAGAUAAAAUUGUCAAGCAAUCCGCUAUCAUAGCGUCUGCUGUCCACUCAGCCAAGUCACUGGCCAGUGUGUCCUCCUUGGUCCUGGAUGGGGACAGCAGGGACAUCACUUUUCUUGAGAUGGCUGCUCUAGGAUUCAUGACCUAUGCACUUCUCUCCGUUUUUGUUUAUGGAUCAUUGGGGGAGAAGUCUGGGCUGCAGGUGACUAAAGAAAUGUUUUUACUCCUUGCUGCCCUUGCUGUGAACAGUCACCAUUUCUUGCUGCCAUUGUCUAUCCUGUUGUUUCAAGGUUCAACAUCCUUCACAAAUGUUGUAGGCCUAUGGUGUCUGUUAGGGGGUGGGCUGGUUCUCCUGUACAGUCAAGCAAUAUUUUCAGUUCAUUCAAUCCAAAUUCUCAAAGUUGCCCUGGGCCUGGGCAUCAUGGGAGUCUGCAUCAUGAUAGUCCACCCACAGCUCUCAUUCAGUUUCUACUCACUGUUUCAAUGGGCUGAGAUCAUCAACUUCUUUUCCCUGUUUGCUAUAUUAUCAUUGAGAAUCAACCUGUCCCCCACGUCUGUUGUACUGGCUGCUUUUCUUUUUUCUGUCUGCCCUGGUAUCAGAGUGUGUAUUUAUCUUUGGUCUCAGAUCUAUGUGUAUCACACAUUGCUAUGUGUGAUUGAUUGUGGGGCUCUCCUUAUAUUAAUAUUUGUUUGUAUCUUCAUCACUGAGAUGAGUUAUGCCUCUGACAGGAUCAUGAAGUAUAGUAUUGUUGCUGCUCUCUCCUGCUCUGUGGGUCUGCUUGUGGUGGACCAGCUUUUCUUGUACACAACAUCUGUGCAACCACCCAUGUCAGUCUUUGAACUGCCAUCUUGGAAAGCUUUUCUUGCCACUAGUCUUGUCAUUGCUGUGACACUAAAACUUGUGCAGACUACCAAGGGUCCUGACAAGCUUCCCACCACAGCACUGAAUGAGAGCAGUAAAAUGACUCUUCCAUUGUUAGCAAACAUCAUCACUGUGGUAUCAUUUCUGGUAGCUUGUACACAGGGACCUGCUGAUUCAACCCUGCAUGAUCUCUGGUGCUGUGCAUCUACGGUCAUCCUAGGCUGCCUACAUCAAGAUGAGAAGUUUUUGCCUCGGCUAAGUGGGGACAAACAGGCCACACCGACCAUCAUGACAUCCAUCGCAAUUCUAGUCAUCACAACACUGAUGAGAUCCAGACUUUGGUCAUUUGAUUCUGCAUACAUUAUAUUUGGAGGCAUGGUAGAGAUUGUGCUGGUUCUUCUGAUAGCGCCAGUUUUUUAUGUGGCCUGGUAUAUUUUGUGGAAAGGUCAAGUAGCCAUGGAGCCUGUGGUUGUGUUUUUAACUCCAUACAGCUUUCUACUCAUCUUGUUAUCCACCACUUACACAGCUUGGAUAUUGGCACUGUCCUGCCUGUCUGUUGGAUUCUGGAUGAUGAUGUACAAACUCCCUAUGGUGCCAUACACUACAGAAUAUGAUCGCCACUGAUACAUUUUCUUAUAGGAAUAUGUUUUCUCUCUGGCUUUUAUUAUGUCUAGACAAUCUUUAAAAAAGAAUGUCUAUCAAAUUUAUUACCUGAUCAUCAUCAUCAUCACUCCUUUAUGGCCCCUGGGGAGCAAAGGGCUGCAACCACACAUCUCCAGCGGACUUGGUUUUGGGCUGCUCCUCUGAUCUGUGCCCAUGAGAGCCCAGCUGUUUUUGCCUCUUCCUCAACCGUUCUCUUCCAUGUUUUCUUUGAUAGAAUGUAAUAAAACGUGAGAACUUGUGUUGAAUGUACCUUGAUUACAUGUGACCUCAGCAGAGAGUGUGAGGAGUGUGGUGUUGAUCAUGUACUUUCAUGAACUUCCACUGUCCUGUUACAUCUUGGCAUUCAUUAAAUAUUCAUAUUCACCUAGCAAUAAGACUGCCAGUAAAAUUUGUGUCAAUUACUUGACAUUUGUUUAUUACUUGUCUUUUGAAUUGGUUAUGUCUGAUUUUAAAAUUUUGACUUGAAGACAAGAUGUAUGUGAUAUGAUAUUAUAAUAAUGUCAAAAUAAGACAUUCAGUUUUUGUAGUGCAACGCAGUUAAUGCCAGUUACGUUUGAUUUAUAUGAAAAUACAUAGGGGCAAGUUUUUAAAUGCUGUGCAUAGGCAAUUUACAAAAAAAAAAACGAAAAUUAAUCUUUAUUAUUUAGGGUUUUAUUGUGUAUAAUUUUAUUAUAUAAUUUACAUUUCAUAACUGUAAGCGCUUGUCUAAUUUAAGCAGUUCACAAAAUGUUUGUAAAAGCAAUGUUAGAAUUUUAUUGUAGGUGUGUGGAUUUGAAGGUAGUUGUAUGUGUGUAGAUGAUAAUGUUGUAUGUAUAUGUCAGAAUGUUGGGUAUGUGAUAGAAUGUUGUAUGCAUGUUAGAAUGUUGUGUGGGUUUGUGGAACAGAAGAUUGUGUGUUGAUGUUUCACUACUUGCAAUAGUCAGCACUUACUUGGAUUAAAUGUUUAUGUAUCCAGUUUGUAAUUCUUGUUUUAGUGUCCACACUUGUAAUUUAUGUUUUUAUUUACCAACAAUUGAUAUCAAAAUCCCAUUUUUGAAGAUAUUAUGAGAUGUGCAAGCAUGAAAUAAAGAUCAUCUACUAAACUAACUGUUGAUUGUGUUUGAAAAAAAAAUGUAUUUAAAGUAAUAGCUCAAAGCAAAAUUGAAUUACUUUAAAAACCCUUCCUACUACCACAGUGGUCAGAAUGUUGUUAA